AUGCGGGGGAAGACGGCUCAUUACCGCCUCACCCUAGAAAGUGGAGAGACAAGAAACGUCGUAGUUAAGAAACUCCACAACGGCACCCCGCUAACAGAAGAAGCAACCAUUCUACAAGAGCUGGAUGGGGCCGGGGGGGUUCCACUACUCUACGGCGUCACAACCAAGCCUUAUGCCCUGGUGAUGGAUCUAUGCCCCGGCAUAACUUUCACUGAAGCUGUAAUGAGGCUCAACAGAGAUCAAAUUAAAUACCUCCACGAUGAGGUCCUCUCAGCCAUUACCCAGUUCCACGCCGCUGGAUACAGCCAUCACGAUCUCCACGGCGAUAAUGUCAUAAUCAACACAUCAACAAGCCCCAUGGAAUGUCAUAUAGUUGACGUCGGAGAAGCCGUAAAAUUUUCCGGCGUUGCUGAGUUCGACCAAAAGAUGAAGAAUAAGGAUUCCGCUUUCCUUCGCUGGCUAAACAUGUGA